UGUAAAUUACCAUAAACCAAGUUUUCUUAAUUAUUUGGCUCCAUCAUUAAUAUAUAUGUGUUUAUGUAGUUCAUGGUUGGUUCUUUAAUUAGUUUUCAGAUUCGGUAGGUUCAUUAGAUGUUCUUCUUAGAUAUGGAAUCUAUGAUCAAGACAUGGUUGGUCAUGCCUAUUCUUUUCUUGUCUGCAACCUAUUUGCAUUAUUGCGUCAAUGGAAAAUCCCAGGUGCCUUGUGUUUUUAUUUUUGGAGACUCUUUAUCUGAUAGUGGUAACAACAAUGAUCUUCCUGCUUCUCCGAAAUCGAAUUACGAACCAUAUGGAAUCGACUUUCCACUCGGCCCAACCGGAAGAUUUACCAACGGUCGAACUUCCAUCGACAUAAUAACUCAACUUUUGGGAUUUGAGAAGUUUAUUCCACCUUUUGCAAACACUAAUGGUUCAGACAUACUCAAAGGUGUGAACUAUGCAUCUGGUGGAGCUGGAAUUCGUAAUGAAACAAGCAAGGCUACGGGCUUUGUUAUCAGCUUGGGAUUACAGUUAACAAAUCACAGAGUUAUAGUUUCUCAAAUCGCUAACAGACUUGGAAGUCAUGACAAAGCUCAACAAUACCUCAACAAAUGCUUGUAUUAUGUGAAUAUCGGAAGUAAUGAUUACAUAAACAAUUACUUUCUUCCCCAACUCUAUCCAACAAGCCACAUUUAUAGUCCUCAGCAGUAUGCAAAUGCACUAACUCAAGAGUUGUCUUUGAAUUUACUGGCUCUACGCGGCGUUGGAGCAAGAAAAUAUGUGUUAGUUGGGUUGGGGCUAUUAGGCUGCACUCCAAAUGCCAUCCUUACUCAUGGAACAAAUGGGUCUUGUGUUGACGAGGAGAAUGCGCCUGCAUUUAUCUUCAAUGCCAAGCUAAAGUCUCUAGUGAAUCAUUUCAAUAAGAAGCUCUCUGCAGAUUCCAAAUUUAUUUUCAUAAACAGUACCUUAAAAUCAGAUGGCCGGAAUUCCAAUGGUUUUGUUGUCUCAAAUGCUCCUUGUUGUCCAUCAAAGUUAAGUGGAGGAGGGUGUAUUCCAGAUGACAGACCAUGCUAUAAUAGGAGUGAGUAUGCAUUUUGGGAUGAAUUCCAUCCCACUGAGGCUUGGAACCUACUCACUGCAAGAAGGUCUUAUAAUUCUCAUGAUUCAGGUUUCACUUAUCCAAUGGAUAUCAGACACCUCGUUGAACAUGAAUCUAAGUUGGAAUUAGAAUCCACAAAUGAGAUUCCAUCAAAUCUCAGUACAUCUAUAGUUAAAUAAGUUCAAGUUAUUUGUAUGCAUACAUUUCAAACAAUCUUUUCAUAUCGAAUAACAUUAUUGAAAAAUAUGAUAAAAUCAACUAAUAAAGUGAAAUUAGCUCUGCUGAUAUUCUGAACUAGAACAAGAAGUCGGUGGAUAUCGGAUGAAAUAGAUUUUCGAUGUAGUCGAGUGAACUUCUAUUACGAGAGAGCGAGAGUAGAUCUAUAAGAUUAAUUAACACUCCAACGGCCAAGUCAAUGAAUGACUGAAAAAGUAAUUUGAGUGUGUGAAUUAGAGAAUACAUGAUGUGUGUUGGAUUUUUUAUGAGAGGGGCGAUUAAAAGCGUCUCCGUGGGAUACGACGCCGCCUCAUGCAAGUUGGCGUUCGAUCAGAUCAAAAGGUGUGAAAUAUAUCACCCAUUUAUUUUAUUUAAUUAUUUAAUUUUUUUAUUGUGAAUUAUUUGGUGAAGUUAUGAUUUAUUUGUGAAAUUGUGUUGUUGGAGCGGUGUACGCCUAAAAGUGUAGAAACAUGAGGGUGUGGCUAGACAUUA